AUGGAAACAUUACAAGCGAUUGAUAAUGGUGCAAAGUAUACCCGUGAAGAAACAAUUAUAUUAAAUGUUGGAGGAAUAAAGUAUGAAACAUAUCCAUCGACUUUGACUGCCUUCCCUGAUACUCUUCUUGGUACAAUGUUUCAGGAACGUAACAGAUCGAUGCUUCAUCCUAGGAAUGGCAAUGAAUACUUUAUUGAUAGGAAUGGUUAUGCAUUUCGAUAUAUUCUUGAAUUCUAUCGUAAUGGCAAAAUACUAUGGAAUGAACGAUCGGAUAAAAAUACCGUUCCUGUCACUCGAGAAGAAUUAGAUCAAGAAAUUGAUUAUUUCCAAAUACCUGUUAAAGAUGUUUCAUUGAUUUCAGGGGAAAAAACUGUAGCUGCUAAAGUCAAUGCAUUUGUUGCUGCACUCAAGGAAUUAAUCCAUGAAGCAAUGGAUCAACUUCAAACUGAGAUUCAUCUGAAAUUUUAUGAAGAUGGUCAACCAGGUUUACAGUAUUGGAGUCCUGCGUAUCGACAAAGUGCAAUUGUUGAAAAUAUUUUGAGACCAUUUAACAUUGUAGGUUAUGUAAUUCUACAACAAUUUGGCGAUACAAUAGAAAGACAUCUUAAAUCUGAAAUUCCAGAAAUAUCCUGGCUUCUUAAUGAAGGCACACCUCGAUUUCCACCAGAUCUCCCACCGGACUUUGAUUCACGAGCUUCGUUUAUUGGUGGAUCAGGCGGUCCUAACGGAACAAUUGGUCCUUUAAUAAAUAAUAAUCGACCUUCGUUUUCUUUCGCAACUAGGCAAUCUAUCAAUAACCAACAAAGUAAUAUUCAAACUCAUCAAAUAAACAAUAACAACUCAUCUCAACCAUUGAUUGGAACCUUGGGAAAUUUGCUUGCGCAAAUAAAUACCAAUAAUCAAAAUAAUAUUUCAUCUAGUACUACAACUACUGGACCAGAUAUAGGAUUGAACGUGUUUGGUAAUGUGACUACAGCACCUUCAUUUAAUCUAUUUGGUGCUACUAGUGGAGUAAAUACGCUUAAUAGAGGUCCUCAGACGGUAUUCCAAUCAAAUGGUUUUGGUACUUUCACAAAUAUUCAACCAACUAUUCCAUCAUUUGGAGCAUUCGGGUUUAGCCAACCGAUUAUCCAGGCGACUAAUUAUAGUAAUGGUUUCAGUCAGUCGUCUCUUGGAAAUAUUACGAGCAUUCAAUCUGGGACAACUUUUGGGUACGGAAACAUACAACCAGCUACUACUACAAAUGGAUUUAGAGUUGCUAUUACUUCACCAACAUUUACAACGAAUAAUCAACCAACUAGAUUUGUUGUUCCGGGAAAUUUUACUUUAAAUCCAAGAAUUACGUCUAUUGAUGAUACAGUUUUUCGUCGAUGUCCUCGAAACGAUGGGAAAUGCCUUGAAUUGGUUAUAAAAAUCGUUUACAAUUACUCUGUCGCUAAUAUUUUGGCAAACACUUGUCUUGCUAAUGAUUAA